AUGUUGGCAAGAAGUGCGGUGCGAAAAGUUCCAGCUUGUCUCAAACCGAGAAAUGUCCCAACUUCAAGAACAAAGGCUACCAAUAGAGCCCCAAUAAAUCAAAUCAUUGUAAAACACUCUGAAAUUGCCAAUGGAUCUCUGAAACGCAAAGCACCUGCCUGUGGAUGGCGUAAGACGAUUGUUUCGUCAUCUUCGUCGUCGUCGUCACCAUCAUUUUCAUCCGUCGUCGAUGAUGACGCCGCCGGAACGAAUACCAACACGCCAGAUGAGAUCAGUAUCGGCAAAGAACGAUUUGAAAAAUUAGAAGUCGACAUGGAAGAAUUACAAAAGUUAGCGGCCAUGAGGUGCACACCUCUCAGUUUGGCAGACAUGUACAAAUAUGCUGUCGAUUUCAGCAAUCAAGAACAACGCCUUCGAAAUGCGCAAUUUCUACACAAGGAAUUGCCCAUUCGGAUUGCCCAACGGGCCGUCGACUUGUUGACUCUGCCACACGGAUUGAGUGAUGCACAUCCUGUCCAACAAAUUGCCCACAUGUAUUUGUCUUACCUGCAGAAAUUUCAAGAAUUUCCAGUGCCCACGACACCGGAAGAAGAACACGAGUUUACCGACUUGCUUCAAAAAAUUGUUGUGAAUCGGUCUUCCAUCCCCAAGGCCAUUGCUCGCGGAGUGGACGUGUGGCGCAAGAACCAUGGUCCAGCUGAACUGCAGGUGGUCCGAUUGCAACAAAUGGAAGAAGCCUUGUAUCGAUUCUUUACGGCUCGGGUGGGACUCCGAUUCUUGAUCGAGCAUCACAUUUUGACUUCGCCGCAUCAUGCGUCACGGAGCUUAUUGCAAAAAUCACACCCCAGCAUGUCGGAAAAUGAAGACAUGUUUGGUUGCAUCCAAACAGAUUGCGAUACCAUUCGUGAGAUUAAAAAUGUGGUGGAAACGAUUACCAUUCUCACUCAAGAUUUAUUUGGAAUCUGUCCAGAAAUACAAGUUGUUGAUGCCACGCAAGGGGAACAUGAUUCCAAGUUUACCUAUGUGCCACAUCAUUUGCAAUACAUGGUGGGGGAAUUGUUGAAGAAUUCCUGUCGUGCCACUGUCAAAAGAUACCUUGAAAGUGAAGCCAAUGGCGAAACAAUUCAAAUGCCACAAAUACGUGUCGUGGUAGUCAAGGGAAAAGAGGAUGUUACCAUCAAGGUUGCUGAUCGAGGUGGGGGUAUUCCUCGGUCGCAAAUGUCCAAUAUUUUGCGAUUUGCCCAAAGCUUCUCAACCGAAGACGACAACAAGGGGUCUGUCCUGGAUUUUGAUUCGGACGACGAAGUCACGGGUACGACCAAUCUUCGUGGAUUUGGACUUCCACUGGCCAGAAUUUACGCUCGGUAUUUUGGUGGAGAACUGACACUCAAGAGCAUGGAAGGAUAUGGAUUGGAUGCCUACUUGCAAUUGCCUCGGUUGGGAGAUUCUUGUGAAAACUUGCCACUGCCUGUGAAAUUCAGUCCAGGAGAAUUGAACUCGAAUCCACCGCGACGAGUGGGCGGGGCACUAUAG